AUGAAUAAAAAAGCUAAGAGUAGGACUUACCUAGACAUACUUCGGUUUUAUAGCAAAGAUGAAAAUCAGCAGGGAGUGAAUUUUUCGGGGGGUGUGGAAAGUCCAGUUGGACUACAAAGUGGCAAUUCGUUCGGUAAAGACUUGAAGAAGGAACGUUAUUUAAACGUGCGAAACUGUGAUGGAGAUGACUUGGACCAAGGGAAUGAUGAUGAACACAUGGGUGAAGACAAAGGGAGUGUCAACACAGAUUCCUUUUUCAGAACCCUCUUUUGCAGUCAGAAGGUUGGAAGUAGCAACAGUCACCAUUAUACCAGUAGUUGCCAUCGCAAUAACCCCUUCGUGCAAGAAGAAAAUAAUAAUGCCCACAGAAGGAACUUAAAAAAAAUGGUAACGUAUAAAGGAAGGGAGAAGAGAGUUAAGCCUAUACACGAUGAAGACAAAAUAAUUCAAAAAUUUAGAAGAGACCAGAGGAUGAGAAUGCUUUAUGUGGAAAAGGAACAUGGGUACAUGAAAGGAUAUCAAAAAAAAAUGGCUACUUCUUUUCUUACCAACAGGAAAAGGAAGAAAUGCACCAUCUGCUUUUUUAGUAAUCACUCGGAGCAUAUGGAAAAGUGCAAAAAUUGUUCUAUGCACUUUCACAUCUAUUGCUACAAAAUGUUUCGGGAAAAUUUCAAUUUCAACAAUUUUAUGUGCGAUGUGUGUUUGGACUACGAGCGGAGGGCCAACUCCUCUGCGACUAGCGGGACGGCUAGCAUGGAGACUAGCAAUAUUUCUACCCACCUUACCACCCACCGCGGCAUGCACCAGCGCACAGGCGGGCACUACAGGAAGUAUCACUUUGCGUACAAAAGAAAAAAUGUCGACGCGACCCACGAUCCAUUUGAUUAUAUCUCGCAAAUGGAGGAAUCCAAUGGGCAAAGUGGAUCAUCCAGGAAAAGGCAAUUUUUUAAAUGCCUAAGUGAAGCCGAAUUUAGCAAAAGUAAUGAUCUUCUCCCUGAAAAGAGGAAUGAAAAAAUGGAGUGGUCAUCCAAAAGGAGAGCAGAAGGUGGGAAGAUAUCCACCGAGGAUUUCUUAGAUAAUAAUGCCAUCUAUCAUCGAGAUGUUGCAUACCACUCCGACACCAUAUGCAACCGAAAACUGAAUCGUGAAGUAGGUCCAUUUCUCAAGAAGGCAAAAAGACAAUUGAAGAGAAGGGUUAAUUUAGAAAUGAGUCCAGAGAAAAUUACAAAAAUGAUGAGAAAAUAUUUUAAGCCUUUGGACGACUACAAAAAAGGGUCUCAUUGGGAUUUAUCUCAUCGGGAUUUAUCUCACGGGCUAUCCUCCCCCUCAAUGCUAUUUCAAACGGAGCAAAGUGAGUUUAGUAAACCUGUCUACGAUGGAAAGAACAUCCAAUACAUGCACGCUAUUCAGUAUAAGCUCUACCAAUAUGAGAAAUCAAAUGAAAAAAUAAAGUGCAGCAUUUGUAGUGGUCAUCAGAAAAAUGUUCUGAUGAUCAGGAGUGGACCAAACUUGUGGUUCCAUGUCUGUUGUCUGUACUACAAUGAUAUAUCAAAAUAUUGCUCCAUUAACCAUGUGUACUUUGAAUUCUUUUUUCUUAAAUUCUACAACGAAGAUUAUUUCAAUAGCAUGUAUUCCAAGCUGAAAAACGUUAACGAAGUGAUCAUCCAUAAAAUCAAGCAGGAACUUCUCACUAGUUAUAACACCACCAUACACAGUCAUUCCUUUAAUUUCCUUAUGAACCCUUACUACUACAACCUGACACUCAAACAGAUUAAGAAUUUAAUUUUUUACAACUUUAUUCUUCACACCAAUGUAUUAUAUGGAAGAUAUACUCCUGCUAUGUUUGGUGGUACGGCAACCUUCCAGAUGUUACCUAUCGGAAGUAAUGAACCCGAGGACACCUUUCAGGGGGUCGUGUGUACCAACCUGGAAAGCGAUAAUUUGGCUGAAAUGAACUUUCAUUCGAAGGAUAGGCAUCCCGUGGGGGAAUCUUCUAGCUACACACAUGCCAACAAGGGAAGGAGGGAUAGUAAGAGGGGUAGUCGUUCUCGCAUUGAUGUGGAUGGUAGAUCAGAUAGCCCCUAUCAUCGCCGUUCCAGUUUGAGUAGCGCAGCCAGUAGCUACGUUGGAAGCAGUAGCACGUCCAGAUGCACUGACUCCUCCUCUGACGAAGGAAAUAUGAGGGAUGGUACUCAAGAUUUCGAAGAAGGAGAAUACGAAGAUGAAGUAGAAAAUGAACAACUCUAUGUAGAUGAAGAGGACCAGGACAUUAGUAUACACAGCCAAAACGAACAUAGCAAUAUAUAUUGCAUCGACACAAACAACUGUACCGUUGUCACCGAGGACAACUACUACAUGGCUGAUGUCCUUCACAUCGUAAGUAACCACACAAGGAAUGAAACCACUCUAAGUGUCAACAAACAAAACGAAUUGAAUUCAUUUUUCAAGGAAAUUGAAAAACUAAUAUAUAAGAGGGAUUUUAUUCACUUAAGCAUUUUAAAAGAUAUUAAGGAGAAGAUUCAGGAGUCGGUUCUAAAGAAUCAUUCAAGGAUUUGUGCUUUUUGUAAAAAGGCUACAGGGAUAAAGACCAAAUGCAUGUUUCCAUCCUGCUGUACAUAUUUCCACAUUUCCUGUUAUUAUGAAUUUUUUAUGCACAGUGCAUAUGUGGCAUAUCAAUUGAGGAGGGACGAGCGAGUCGCCAAUAGGAACAUAACCCACAUAGCGAAAAUAGGAGAAGAUCCCCUUCACAGGGUAAACAAACUGAUUAAGAGACAAAGCCGCAGGAAGAAGCGCGUGCGCAACGGUAUUGGUAGCGACGAUGAAAGUUUAGUGGAAAGCUACAAAAGCGGCGAAGAGAACGUGGGUAGUGGAAACCAUGUCGACCGAGAUGCUUCUUCUGGGGAUAAGACGGUGUCAAGUCCAGGUUGUACAAAGAAAAAUCUCUCCAAACGGAGUGCCCAGGAGCAACCCCCUAUCGACGCAUCGAGGAGAGUGAACCCGGAAAACCCGAUCCAGUACAUUCGAAAAAUUAAGAGGAAAAUAAUGGAUAGCAGUGAACAGAAUAUUGUAGCGAAUAACAGUGGUGUAGCGGUUUCGAAUGAUUCAUCAAAUGGACCAUCAAAGGUGAACCAAAAAAACAUUGAAAAGAACAUGACCCCUAUUAUAUGUGCAUCCACCGUUGAACAGAUGAAUAAGACAAAUCCACAUGCAAAGAAAGAAAUAAAUGCAUUGUCAUACAAACCGAAUGCGAGUUCUGGUACCACAAAAUUAGAGGAUCAUCUCGGAGAUAACAAAGUCAUCGUGGAUGCAAAAGAAGUUAGCAAUGGAGGGGCUUCACGUAUCAGUGGACACGUAUCAUUCAUUCCAAUGGGUAGCACUGUUGGGUUGGGUCAAUGCGAGCAGAUUGAAGAGAAGAAUGGCCAUGCAUGUAGUGGAGAGUCUAGCCAUGGUUGCAUAUUAAGCACAAAACGUACAAGGUUGGAAGCAGUAGUAGAUCCCUUGAGCGAUUCUCAGGGGGGUUCAUUAGAAGAGGGGAAAAUGAACCAAACAGUUAGACUAAAGAACAGUCACCACCCUAAUCAACAAAAGCAGAUGAUGGUGUUAGAUCACCUGAAUCAGAAUACAAUGAAAACAACGCCUUGUAAAAACAGCGAAAUGGGAGAUUCUCAGGGGAGGAAAUAUAUGGAGAGUAUAACUUCGUGUAGCGACGUAAACAUGGCAGGAAUGAACAAAUGGCAUCAUCUCACGUUUAAAGAUUCUGGGAAGUAUCCAUCGAGGGAUUAUGUCCACAUAGGAGUUAUUCCUCUCCACGGUGACAAGUCAGACAUGAAAAUGCACAAACACAUACAGGGGAUGACACAGAGGUUCAAUCAAAAGGUGGAGGAGAAAACAUCUCCGAAGGCGCCAUCCGAAAUAACUCUCAAAAUGACACCAAAAACGGGGGAACGAGCAGAUCGAUCGAAUCAACCAAGUCGAUCCCAAAGGGGUGAAGAUUGCCAGAGCUCUUCUUCCUUAUCGUCUCUCCUAUGCUCUUCCAUAACAGAUGAUGAGGAUGAAUCCUCAUUCGACUCGAUCAGAACGUCUGACUGCUCUGUGUCUCUCCAGUCCAAGUCGAAUUCGAUAUCUCUACACUCGUUGACACUUUCAUCUGCGUCAUCUUCAUCGUCUAGCACGUAUUCUUCAUGUUCGGGUUGCUCAUCUGAACAUGUAGACCAUUCUUCUAGACAAAUAACAUUGGGAAAAUGGUACAUAACUUCCUCUUCUUCUUCCUCUUCUUCUUCCGCUUAUUCCUCCGCUUAUUCAUCCGCUUCGUCCGAGAUGUCAAUUUUUAAUGGAAAAGCCAAAUCUAUAUCGACCUCCCUGUCAGAGGCGUCGAAUAGAUCAUGUCGAAAUAGCAACUCCUUAUGUAGGAGUAACUCGCAAGAAGGGUUAUCGUCCUCAUGCGGAGAGGGCUUUUCGAAUUUCAAGUUGGGGAGUCAUAUAGAAAACUCAAGCAACAGGCAUCUUAGUAAUGCAAACAAUGGUAAUACUAAGAAGAAGAAGAAGAAAAAAAAAAAAAUAAAAAAAAAAAAAUAUGAACAAGUCAAAAAAAAAAAAAAAAAAAAAAAAAAAAAAUACGAACAAUGUGAUGUAACCACAGAUACAGAAUAUGGGAGGAAGAACUCCAAGUGGAACUCAUUAGGUCUCUUUACCACCAAUGUCUGUAAUCCUGGAAAUAGCUACUUAGAAAUGAAGAACAUCAAGCUGACAUUGUGCAACGCCCACAACAAUGAAGACGACAUCAGGACAGUGUUGAACCUCAAGUUAAAUGCAGUUAAUAAUAGGGAGCAUAACAAUCUUGGUGGUAUCUUUUACCAUUACUACAAUUCGUUCCUCUCCUCUGUGUUCUUCGCGGAGAAGUUUGCGCACCUGUCGGAGGGCGCAGGUACUAGCGAAUGGGUGGACGACCAGAUAGAGAGGAAGGACGAGCAAGUCAACCAUUGCGGAGACGAAGGUGAAAAUGAAGGUGAAAAUGAAAGUGGAAACCUGCUCCAAGAGAAAAAGGAUGAAAAAAUGAGCGAGGGAAGGAGUACCCCCUCCCAAGAACAGGACAGUCGGGGAGAAGGAAUCAGCAUAGAUGAUGUCGCGGUCUCGGUUAACAUGGUUUCUACAACAGACCCCGCCACGCCAGUCAACCAAUCAGACGGAGAAACGACCAAACCAAGCAACCAUACCCAUAAGAGAAAAAUUGAAUGCCUUUCCGAGACGCCUAACUCCGAUGGGGAAAAUGAACACAGGGAAAUGAAACCAUCGGAGAAACCUGGCGAGGACGACACAGAUGUAGCACACGUAUCGAAUGGAAAUAAAAAUAAAAAAGUUAAAUUAGACAUUGAGGAAGGCGCAUUGGAGCCUGACACACACAACGUCGAAGGUAAUGAUGAUAAGUGGCGUGACGAGGCUCACACGGAAGAAGGAAGUUCGGAUCACCCAGAAGAUAAGAAGAAGGGAAAUCAAGGAGCGAACGAUUUGGAAGUAACGACAGAUUACGAGAAUUCUCCGACACAAGAAAAGGCCAACGGAUAUGAUACGCUGGGGGGUUCCUACGAGGAGAAGAUAAGUCGGGUGGAAGGAAUGGUCGAAGGAACGGUCGAAGGAAUGGUCGAAGGAAGAGUCGAAGGAAAAGUGGUGGAGAGUGAACAUCAAGGGGAAGUCAGAGAAUGUGAGGAGAACGUAUCCCCCAAAGCAGAAGUAUCAUGUAAAACCGCCUCGGGAAAAGCGAACGACAUCGCGCUGUUACACUUCAUGAACUACAUCAAUCGAGUGAUCGACAAUGUAGAGGCAAGCGUGAUCCUAAAGAACAAUGUUUGCGAAGGAGUGUACUACCUGCGACAGGAGAACGGAGUAAACAUAUGCCAGAAGGUGAGUGGGCGCUUUAAAAAGCAUCUGAAAAUACAAAACAUGAAAAAGAAAAAAAAAAAAAAAAAAAAAAAAUUAAGUGAAAUUACAAUUUUAAAAAGUACAAAUGUAGAUAUACAGAAGAAAAAUAAAAAUAACAUUUCUAGCAAUAUGGAUUUGAAAAAAAAACUGGAUGUGAAUAAAUUCGCCUACCUCUUCUAUCGACUCCCUCUUCUGCUUUACGGGAAUAAGUUUGUAAGCGACUUGGAUAAUUUAAAGUACAUAGGUCAGAUAAAAAGCGUUUUCCAUUAUUAUGUUGAUUUUUCCAAUUCUCAAAAUAUCGCUAGUCUUGUCGAACUUCUUAAAGGGUACGCUAGCCACUCCAUGUUUCACAAGACUGUGAGCAACACGAGGAAAAAUCUCCAUGAUAGGGAGGACAGGGGUAGCGCCAGGAGAAGGCUUCCGACCAACGGAGCGGAAGAAGUGGGAAGAGCGAUAACAGCGACAACGACAGAGGUGGCUGCAACGAUGGACAUGACGACAACGGAGGAAGUGACAUCGGUAGCAGUAGUGGCGAGAGAGUUGCAAGAGGGUGGAGAGGAACAACCCCCUUUGGACAAUUCGUCAGACACCAUCGCACCGCGAGGUGCAUCCACCACGGGGGCAGAGAAUGAGAGUUAUGAUACCGCCACACAGGUCAAAAAUCCAGGCGAACAGACUGGAAGCAUUGCCACGAUGACAGAGGUGGCUUCGAAGGAACAAGAUGGAAAAAAUGAACCAAGGAACGAUUAUUCAUUUGAGAAUGAAAAGGAGAACAUGACAGAAAAUGGGGAUACAGAUCUGGUUAAAGAAAGCACAUGUGCUAGUACUGUCAGUGCAUAUUGUCAAAGUAUGGUCGGAGAGAACCAUAAUGAUGUGCAGGUGAAAGAAGUAGUAGAUGCACAUGAAAAAGAAUCGAAAACAAAGAAAAAAAAAAAAAAAAAAUCAACUGCAAACGGGAAUAAUUGUAAGGUAAAUAUAUCCAGUCAAUCAGUAUUAGAACAAGUGGAAUGUUUCAACCUUGAAGAAGGACAAAGAAACGAAAGCAACAACACAUGUGAUAAAGGGGGGGUAACGAAAGGAGACGAAUCAGGAAAGGAAUCCCAACCGUAUGUCAAUAAAAGUUUCAAUUUAGUAUUCUGUCUAUUUGAUAAUGGUAAUAAUAUCUACCUCCUAAUAUAUGAGUCAGACAGUGAUAACAGAAAGAAGUAUGCAAAGAAUAAACUCCUUCGAAAAAAAAACGAGUGUAACAAUAUCGACUAUUUUUUUAAGGAGUUAUACGAGAAGGUUCAUCAGAGUAGUUCCAAAGAUGGGGCCUUUUCAAUUUUGAAGGCUCUCUUUUGUAAUGGGGUUGGUACUUCGGUGGGAGAUUCCUCUACGUGUCUUUCCAGCGGGGUGAUCCCGCAGAGUGGAAUCGGCCUCAUCGAAUCGAGUGAUUUGACUAUGUCAACUGGAUCGACCAGUCUGAUGGGGACGAUGUGGUCUAUGAGCGGAAUGAGUAACCGAAGCGGAACCAUCAGCAGGGCUAGUAGCCACAGGGUGCACGGAACCCCAAGCGGCAAUGCAAAUCUCAGCGCUGGUAAUGUCGCCACCGGUAACAACACGGGAACGAUGAACGGUAAUAGCAGCACCAACAAUUCGGAGGAACAGAAGUGCCUCAGAAUGAUCCAAAUGUUACUGAACAAGAAUGUGUUAGAAAAUAUACUUCACAACUUUAGCUCAUUUAACAUCACGAAGAAUCUGAGCUUGAGAUUGACAAAUGUUCUCGAACUGACCUACUACGACUACCUCUUUAUUAAGAGGCACAAGUUUUUUUACUCAAAGAGGGGUGUGAGAAUUUACGAUGCGUGUAAUAAUUUGUACGAUGAGGGGGAGCCCGCGGAAGAUGAGACAGGUGGGAGCGUUAUUGACGGUCGGGUCAUUGACGGGCGGGCCAUUGACGGGCACGCCAAUAGGAAUUCCUACCAAUUGACACACAGGCUAAAAGAAAUUCUGGCAAAUUUGUACGCUCACAAAGGAAGCAAGAACACCUCGUUCAAUUUCAGAGGCAUGGUAGCUAGCGAAAGUAGCCACUCUAUGACUGGGGAUAUCAGCAAGGUUAGUGCAUACGUUAAGGAGGAGAAGGUCAAGUUGGGUGGAGUAGUCACACCAAUGGGAAGUUCCGACUUCGCGGCUUGCUCCAGUGGAGGCAUUACCGAUUGCCGGCAUGUAGUAGACCCCUUCCUCUGGGGACCGGAGAACAAUACCUUCUCAGGCUACCCCACAGGCAACUCCACAGGCAACAUCACAGCCAACUCCACAGGUAACUCCACAGGAAACUUCACAGGCAACGUUGUAGGUACCCUUCCGGGAGAUCUGAGCGAAACGACUAUGAUGGCCUACGAAUUCGCCAAAAGUGGAAGCCUCCUCAACAAAGGGGUUAAGGAGAAAAUUAUAAAUAAACAGAUAACGAAACGGAACGACAGGAGAGACAAGAAAGAUGGACAAAGGAGCAAAAACAAGAAGGAUAAGAAAAAAUAUCUGGAUGAUUAUCCAAAGAGCAUCAACACAAGUACGGGAAAACUACCCUCAGAUAAUACAAUGACGAAGAGUGAAUUUGGUGAAUAUAGCAAUUUGGAGUUUGCUGGAGAUCAGGGUAGGGAGAACUACAUCAACAGCAUCGUAAGAGAGUUCCUUUUCAACCGAUGUGAGGAUAACACCAUGGCAGAACUGGUGAAGGAAAUAAUUGGAAGGUACAACUCCUUUGGAGGAAACACGAAAAGCGGGCUCAAGGGGAAGUGGCACCCCGCAGAGGUGCCCAUACAUUCGACGAACAGUUUCAGCGCGUACGACGUGUAUAAGUUGUUUCUGCUGGAGAAUGACCCGAGGAAUGAUGGGAUGAACAGAGGGACGAACGCUACGAUUGGUAAUUCCGUCGGUAGUCUGACCAGUGAGGAAGGUGCCCCCCCUGUUGCAUCGAACGAACCGCAGGUGGCACCACCCCUCUUCAAAAAUAAGGAGGAGAGAAAAAAGUAUCUGAACAACGUCCUCUUCGAUAAGGCCGCACUAACCAACUUUCGAAGCUUCAUUAUAAAAAAAAGGCAGAUGGAUUUUUUUCACAAAAACUGGAACAGCCAAAUCAAUUCCAUAGAGAAGGAAAAUAAUUUCCUGGACAUUGGGCAUAUUUUGUCCUUCCACCUGAACAGGAGUAAUUUCGUGAAACAGAUGGAGUGUCGAAGCGUCGAGGAGGUCGAGACGAAGGUGAACAUCACCAGGGAUAAUGUUACCAAGGAUAAUGUUACGAGGGAUAAUGUCACGAGGGAUAAUGUCACGAGGGAUAAUGUCACGAGGGGUAGUGUCACGAGGGGUAGUGUCACGAGGGGCAGUGUCACGAGGGGCAGUGUUACGAGGGGUAGUGUCAACAGCGUUAGCGGGAUCAAAAUUAAGGAAGAAGAGAACAAAUCAGGUUCCUUCUCUGCGUUACCCAGGAACUGCACAAAAAAUGGUAACGACACGAACACAGACGGGACAAAUUCUAGCAUUUGUAAGAGGGAGCCGGGAAGUGGAUCCUCAAUCCCCGCAGAAGGUAAUUCGCAGGAACUUGAUGGAGCCGGAAAUAAUGAAAAGGGCGAGAAGGACGCAAGUAGCACUGUCAUAACGAUAGGUGAUGAAAAGUGCAGUCUGAGCGAACAUAACGUCUUUCCUCCCCUUGUGAAGGACGAAAAAUGUAAAGAAGUCGCCAAAUUCGCGAAAACUUCAAGCAAUAGCAGAGGCUUUAUCUCGAAGAAGCAGAUAAUAAAGGAAGAGAAAAAAAUUAACACGGAUUUGUCCAAUCGUGGCGAGGGUGUAUAUAAAGGAGAAGACAAAACAGAAGGUCAAAAGGAAGGUAUAAAAGAAGGUCAAAAGGAAGGUAUAAAAGAAGGUCAAAAGGAAGGUAUAAAAGAAGGGCAAAAUGAAGGUGUAAAGGAAAACCCAAAUUAUCGCUAUUGCGAUGGCGAAAGCUUCGACGAGCUGAUCAACCAUAAUUAUGAUAAAAUGAAAGACCUCUAUAAUAACCUAAAUGAAGAAAUAGUAAAGAAAAAACUACUACUGAUGAGCAAAAUUAUUGACGAAAACCAUUUUUACAACGUUGCUGAUAUGCCCUUGUAUGUAAAUUUAGUCUUCUACAAGUACAGUUGUGUUAACACAUGGAACAACUUGAUUCAUAAUUUGAGGGAGAGUUUCUUAAGGGAGGAAGAGGAGGCCUACUUUUUGACAACCAACGAGGUAAUGAAUAAGGGAGUGGCUCCUGAACAUGACAAGAAUGAGUCAUUCGUCGUAACUCCCACCCCGACAACCUUGCCAACCGCAACAGCAUUGCCGCAGGAACAGAAACCUUCGCUUGAUGGUUACGUGGGUGAGAUAAAGGAGGAGAAGAAGAAACCUAAUGAUGAUAAAGGAAAAGGCGCUACGGUCGAGGAGAUAGUGACAACCCAGUGUAGUAAUAACCUUAUGGAGAAAGAGAAGAGCCCCGAGGAAGGCACCAAAAUAGGAGACCAAAGCAGUGACGCAGCUCCUCCUUCAGCGGUAGGUCCAUCCACAUCGGUUGUUCCACCUGGUUCGAGAGACCAAAAGAAGAGCGCCCCUGUUUUCAACCAAAAGAAAAGUGGAAAGACUGGGAAAAAUGAAGAGAAGGAGAAGCCAAACAAUUUUACAUGUAGUGUGUGCUUUAACAAACAAUUGAACAACAUAAACAUUCUGUACAAAUGUGUUGGAUGCUCCAUUCACAUGCACAAGUACUGCUACGGAAUAUAUCAGAAAGGAAGGAGUGAUGAAUUUCUGUGUGAAAAGUGCACACUUAGCAAGUACAUCAACAAGAGGCGACAUCUGGGUGAAGAGCCCAAUAAGAGUAGCAGCCACUCGAAGAAGAAAAAGAAAAGCAAUAGCAGUAGUGGAGUAACAGCUGCGGUGGCAGUUGCUGAUGCGGUGGCGGUUGCUGAUGCGGUGAGUAGUGGGCACGUGCAUGACUCCAACAUGAAUGACCCAUGCGAUAACCCAAGCAAAAUUCCCCUUGACAUAUUUAAAGGAUUUGAAAGUUUCUGCUACAUAUGCAAGAAGGAUGGAGGCGCGUUGAAGAAAACCACGACAAACCAGUUUGUUCAUAUUUUUUGUGUUUUGUUUUUUAUCUCCAAAGUAUUCUGUUUAAAUAUUUACAAUUUGAACCUAUGGGAUAUUAGCAAUUUGAGAUCCUUCGAAAACGUCUGUUGUAUUUGUAACAAAAGUGGAGCCGUCAUAAAUUGUGCCUACUGCGAAGAUGAUGCUCAAGGGGAAAAAACUCUCAAUAGUGCGAACGCGCACACAAAAUACGGGAAGAACAAGUGCAAUAAGUGGUUUCACCCCCUGUGCGCUUAUUUGGAGGGGUACCAUAUGAAUGUUGAAAUUUACGAAGAUCUGUUUGUAAUGACUUAUUUUUACGAUAACUGCUUUACGUCUUUCCGUGUGAUCACACACUGCAAUGACCACGUCCCUCCGGGCACCUACCAAAAUAGGGAAGCCGUUAAAUGGAAGAGGAACAAAUCCUACCUGAGAAGUAGUAGCGUUGGCGAAAACGGCAGUGGCAAUAACGACGGCGCUGCAUCCCCCAGGUUGAGCGACCAAAACGCAAAAAAUAAGGGAAAAAACAACUACCAAAGUAGUAAAAAAGAGACCAACGCCUCAGGUUUACACAACAAGCACAACGGCAAUUGCAGCCCGCCACCUCUUCAAAACUGCGCCAACGACAAUAAUGUAAAAGAGGAAAGAAGCAAUGAAAUUUGCCCAACUGAUCGGAUAGAACAAACCAAUGCAGUAUAG